UCCGCGACCUUCUCCUAUAUAUAAUACUGGCAUUUGCUUUAAUCAACAUUGUACUUAUUGCUAUGAUGUGGACCGUUGUCUCCCUCAGAGGGAAGUGCAAUGUCUGCCCAGAGGUCACCCCUGAAGCGCCAUGUGAAGAUGACUGGAUCUGGUACAGAAGGAAAUGUUAUUACUUCUCCAAGAAAUUUAAGGAAUGGCAGGACAGCCAGGACUUCUGUGUCUCCCACAAUGCAUCACUCGCCCGUAUCGAUUCCAAGGAAGAGCUGGAGUUUCUGCAGAGAUUUAAAGGCUCGUCCGAUCACUGGAUUGGUCUGAAGAGAGAGGAUAACGGGAGUCCGUGGAUGUGGACAAAUGGAUCAAUGUUUAAUAAAACGUUCCACAUCGAUGGGGUGUCCCCGUGCGUCUUUCUCAAUCGAGAGCGGAUCUCCAGCGCCGCCUGUUACUCAGGUCGAUAUUGGAUUUGUAACAAGCCAGACCGACAAAAUGAAAGGUAGCUUUUGGCAAGG